AUGACCAACGGCACGGAGCCAUCCCAAAGGCAGGAUGAUUUAGUUAAUGAAUUUGAUGCCAGCUUAUAUCCCACAAAUUCUGGGGCUACGUUUUCUGGAACAGACCACAGUUUAUCUGAAGUGCACACUGCGAAUUCAACUGCUACCACAAAUACGUCCAACCCACUAGUUAAGGUACCACUGAAGGAUUUUCCACCAGCUACAAGUGGAGCUUUAGCUGGAUCCUCGGCACCAUCAUCUAGUAAUGUAAAUAAGGAUUUGCCAAAAGCUUCUGUGGAGCUUUUAAAUGAAGAGAAAAUCAAGUUAAUUUUGAAUUCCGAUAGUGCGCUCGAAGCAUUAUUGAAGAGAUUAAAAGAAAGUAUAACCAAUUGUGAAGAAUUUGCUAAAUUUAUCAAGAAGAAGGCAGCGUUCCAAGAAGAAUAUGACUACCAAGUAAGAAAACUUUCCAAAAGUACCUCUGAAUAUUUGAGACAUAAUGCUGCCAACUUAAGACAGGAUUCCUUCACCAAGAGUUUCGAGCAAAUUGUUGGUUUUGAUGAUAAAUUGUAUAGUGUUGGCUCUGCUUAUGUGGCAGCUUUAAAAACUAUGUCCGACGAAUUAUUUCAGCUAUCUGCCACUAUGCAAAGGCAAAGAAGGGCCCUAAAAGAUGACGGCAAACGAAGAGAAAAAGAAGUUGCCGAUGCGGUCAGUGCUGCUGAGAAGGCGAAAAGUAGAUAUGAAAAUUUUUGUGUCGAAUUGGAUAAAGUUAGGCAUUAUGAACCAACAAGAAAAUUCACCCUCAAGAACAAGACCACUAGUCAACAGGAAGAGGAAUUGAUGUCGAAAAUUGAAAUUGCUGAUAAAGACUAUGCAUCGAAAGUCAACACUAGUAAAAGACUCAAGGAAGAAUUACUCAGCACCCACAGACCAGCGGUUUCCAAGUCCUUAAAAGAUUUAAUUUUGGAAAUUGACUUAGCAAUGUGCGUUCAACUACAAAAGUAUGCUACCUGGUGUGAGAAUCUAUUAAUGAAUUCGGGGGUUCUUAUAUCUCCACUUAGAAGUGACUCUCGUCAAGCAUCAAUGAAAAGUCUUGCUGCUUCGGUGGAUAACGAAAAGGAUUUGCAUGAUUAUUUAUUGAAAUAUUCCAAUGCCGGACCGUCUAGAGCGUUACUUCCAGUUGAUUAUAAAGUUCACUCAGUGUUGACCAAUACGCAAGCAAACUUCAAUACUGCCUCCAUGGGAAAUAAUGGUGGAAUGACUUCCAGUGCAAGCGCAAACUCAUUCACCUCUAAUAUCAAAAGAUCGAGCUCAAUAUUAAUGAAAAAGAAUAAGAUUAACACAUCACCAGUACAGACUGCUGCAUCGUUAAGUAAAGUGCAAGAAGAUUCUAAAAAUUCGACAAAAAAUAAUAGAUAUAGUUAUAUUAAUACUGGUAAUAAUAGCGCAAGUAUGGGUGGGGUUAGUGGAGGACAGACUAAUACUUUGGACCCCUUUUAUAAUGGUGCAAAUCCUACCUUGAGUGUCGCCAGUGAUGGUGGCAAUAGUUUGUUUUUGCAUGAAAAUCGGUCGCAAAGUGCUUUACCAUCCAGUCAAGAAUUAUCAACAAUUAAACCAAUUAGUAACAGUGUACCAAAAAUGUUUGGCGGGUCGAUUGAAGAGUUAUGCCUUUUUGAAAAUGAAUCUGUUCCAUUGAUUGUGAGAACCUGUAUAAAUAUCAUUGAUAACUAUGGGAUUGAAUUGGAAGGUAUUUAUCGAACAUCGGGAAAUAAAACCAAAAUACACCAGUUGAUCGAUGCACUUAAUAUCGAUCGUUCAAUGAUUGAUAAAUUGAUCACUAAUCCAGAUCGUAUCAUUGAUAGCGAUAUGUUUUGUAUUGCAUCAUUACUAAAAUCUUAUUUUUCCCAGCUACCUCAAGCCUUGUUGACUGAACAAUUAUAUGCAAGAUUUGUUUCUGCAGUGAAGAUUCCAGAGGUAUCUCUUCGAAAAAAAAGAUUGCAUGAGGUUGUUUAUGAAUUACCAGAUGCUAAUUACUUUACUCUUAGGGCAGUGAUAUUCCAUUUGUGUCGGAUUGUUGAGAAACAAGAAAUCAACAGAAUGUCAGCGAGAAACUUGGGGAUUAUUUGGGGACCAAAUUUAUUACCACAAAAUCAUUUGAAUAAGGAAGAUUUAAAUGUUCAAGGGUUGAUUGUGGAGAAUUUGAUGUAUAUCGCGGCGGAUAUUUUUGAACCUGAAGGAAGUGAGUGA